CUUCAUCUUCAUCUUGUGUGUGUUGUUUAAUUUGUGGGCAAUAAUAGAUCGAAGAAAGGAAGAAAAUAUUAUGUGCAGCAGAGGGCACUGGAGGCCGGCCGAAGACGAGAAACUCAAGGAGCUGGUCCAACGCUACGGCCCUCAUAACUGGAACGCCAUCGCCGAGAAGCUUCACGGCCGAUCCGGGAAGAGCUGCCGGUUGCGAUGGUACAACCAGCUGGACCCUCGGAUCAACCGCACCCCUUUCAGCGAGGAGGAAGAGGAGCGGCUCAUGGCCUCCCACCGCAUCCACGGCAACCGCUGGGCCGUCAUAGCCCGCCUCUUCCCCGGCCGCACCGACAACGCCGUCAAGAACCACUGGCACGUCAUGAUGGCCCGCCGCUGCCGCCACCGCUCCAAACCCAACCCCCUCCCAACAACAACAACAACCUCCAAGGCGGCGCCUCUCCUCAACCACCAACACCAAACUACUUGUUCUGCCGAUGUCGGCAGUAGCGCGCUCCGGCCUACUCAUCCCUACUACAACUCCAACUUUAACUACCACCGGCAGCAGCAGCAGCAGCUGGCGGCAGCUUAUUCCUUUGUCAACAAAUAUUGUUUCCCCCAACAUGCACAUGCUUCCACCGCGACUGCUACAAAUAAGACUAGCCGUUUUCAUCCCUACUUCCCCGCUUCGGCCGUGCCUAAUAAAGGAUACUACGCCUACUUGCUUCAUUCCAGAGCUCAUCAAUAUUAUCCAAACCUUAAUUCUCAUCAUCAUCAUCAUCAUCAUCAAGAUGAUGGGGAGAUUGGAAACGAGGAAGAGGAGGCAACAACGGGAGGAGUAGAAUACUACGACUUCUUGCAAGUGCACAGUAAGGCCGACAACUCUAAUAAUACCAAUGGCUGCCAACUUACUAAUAUAGAAGCCCACGGUGAUGAGUUAGCACAAGAAGAUCUGGAGGAGGAGGAAGAGGAAGAGGUAGAUGAAUAUGAUCCAAAUAUGGCUGUGGCUACCACCGAUACCUGCAGCAACACUACUACUAGUGCUACAAGAAGCAGCGAUCAGGUGGACGAAUGUGCGAGCAGUAAGGUGGCCGAGUUCAUCGAUUUCUUAGCAGUCGGGCCACCAAAUUAACAGACCAAAGGUUAUAAUAUAUUCAGUGUAUGCAUGAGUUGCUAGCUAGCGCGUUUGGACUCCUCUUCAGACAUCCUCGACUCGAUCUCGAUCGCAUCGCAUCAGCAGAAAUAGCAUUUCCCCUUCCUAGCUAGGCUAGACUACUGACACACGUACGUACACUAGCUUUAGUUGCAGCUCUUUCAAUUGCUGGAGGAUGAUGAUCGAUCAUGCAUAGUUAUCUUCUUCCAAACAGAUAAUGUCUUAAUUAGGGUUUUAUAGUCACAUACACAGAAUGCACCGUAUACCACGACAGGAAAUCGAUCGUGGUGGAGGGUGCGCCAAGCAAAUUAAAUUAAAGCGCGCUAACGUAACUAUGAAUGGAGAUGUUGUUAAUUUAUGCAUGCAUGAACACUAAUAUAUACAUACAUAUAUAGAAAAACAGGGACAAAGCUAAG